AUGCAAAUAGUUACAAAUUGUUCCCCAGUAUGUAAAGUUCUCAUUGUUGGUGGUGGUGCCGGUGGUUGUGCCUUGGCUGCCAAACUUUCCUCCAAAUUGGGUAAAGGCAAAGUUAUUGUUGUAGAUCCCGCCGAUAAACACUACUAUCAACCUAUGUUUACUUUGAUUGGAGGCGGCAUUAAACGUUUAGAACAAUCCUAUAAAAUGAUGGCUGAUGUUUUGCCUAAGAAAAUUAAAUGGAUUAAGGAAAAGGCUGUUCAUUUUGAUCCCAAUAAUAAUACUGUUUCAACAUCGGGUGGUAAUGAUAUUAAAUACGAUAUGCUUUUGAUUGCUACCGGUUUGGAAUUGAAUUAUCACAAGAUUCCCGGUUUAGAAGAAGGUCUCUCCAUUCCCCAUGGCAAUGUUUGCUCCAUCUAUUCUCCCAAAUAUGUUGAUCGUACUUUUGAGGCUUUGCGUAAUAUUGAAAAAGGCAAUGCCAUCUUUACCUUCCCCAGUUCUCCUGUUAAAUGUCCAGGAGCUCCACAAAAGAUUGUUUAUAUAACAGAGCAUUAUUUAAGAAAGACCAACAAACGUAAUAAUGUCAAUGUCAUCUAUAAUACCUCAUUGCCCGUGAUAUUUGGUGUUAAACAUUACGCUGAUGCCUUGUGGCCCAUUGUCAAGAAGCGUAAUAUUCAAGUUAAUACCAGACGUAAUUUGAUCGAAGUUAAAGCCGACAAAGAUAUAGCUGUAUUCCAAAAUCUCGAUAAACCCGAAGAGCUCUUUGAAGAACAGUAUUCUAUGCUGCAUGUUGUUCCACCCAUGGGCACUCCCGUCGAAUUGGCCAAAUGCCGUGAUUUAGUCAAUGAAGCCGGUUUUGUAGAGGUGGAUCCAGCAACUAUGCAACAUAUUAGAUAUAACAAUGUCUUUGCCAUUGGUGAUUGCUCAGCUUCUCCCAAUUCCAAAACAGCUGCUGCUGCUGCUGCCCAAUCCCCUGUUGUCUAUCGCAAUAUGUUGGCUGUCAUGAAUGGCAAACCCUUUAAGGAUGCCUAUGAUGGUUAUGCCUCUUGUCCCUUGGUUACCGGUUAUCAUACCUGUAUUUUGGCUGAAUUCGAUUAUAAUCUACAACCCUUGGAAACUUUCCCUGUUGCCCAGAAUAAGGAACGUUAUUCCAUGUUUAUUAUGAAGAAAGAUUUCAUGCCUCCCUUGUACUGGUACAUGAUGUUGAAGGGUUAUUGGAAUGGCCCCGCUUUGAUGCGUAACGCCUUUUCUCUAUUUAAGUUUGGCAAAUAAAUAAUAAAGACUUAAAACCCCUAAAGUAAAGUUGAUAUGAAUGAGUAUUCAAUAAAAAACGAGACGUGCAAUAUGCAAGGUUGUGUUAUAAAAGCAAAAACAAAUUAAGUUAACAGAGCACUAUAGUUAAUAGAUUUUUGUAUUUUUUUUCCAACGACUUAUUAAGUUAAUUUAAAAAUAAUAUAAUAAAGUUUCAUUAGAAUUAUAAAAAAAUA